GGCGGGAGCGACGGGGCCGCCCGGGGGGAGCCCGGGGGCUCCGCGGCGGGGACAGGUCUCUCCAAGGUGAUGAAGAUGAGCAGGUGAUGAAGGGGAGUGGGAUGCACUGGUGGCUUGUCACCGUCCUAGGGGUGCUGAGCGGACCUGCCCGGAGCAGCGCCGGGAGCUGCAGCGCCCCGGAGCCGGGCACGGCGGGAUGCCCGCCCGGAGAGGAGCCCAGCGGGGAUCCGUCGGGGUCGUGCCGAGCUUGUCCCCCCGGCACCUUCUCUCUGGGGGCUGCGUCCUGCGCCGCUCACACGCAGUGCCGGGCCGGGAACAGGGUGCUGGUGGCAGCGGGGACGGCGGCGAGCGACAGCCGCUGCGGAGCCUGCCUGCCGGGGUUCCACAGCCCCGCAGGGGACAGGGAGCCCCGGGGCCGGUGCCUGCCCUGCGCCGCUGCGCCCCACAGCACCCCGGGCUGCCCAGGCCGGCGGCGAGCCCGCAGCCCCGAGAUGCCGGGCAGGACACCGGGCACCAACGGGACACGCGUGACCCUGCUGGGUGAGGAGGAGGAGGAGGCGGCAGCAGCGCAGGCGGCCGUGCUCACCAUCGUCCCGGUCUUCUGUGCCAUGGGCUUGCUGGGAAUCCUGGUGUGCAACCUGCUGAAGAAGAAGGGUUAUCACUGCACCGCCAGCAAGGAGCCCCAGCCUGCCGGCACCAGUGCCAGCUCCAUCUACCAGCUGGAGGAUGCCAACGAGGACACCAUCGGGGUGCUGGUGCGGCUGAUCACUGAGAAGAAAGAAAACGCAGCGGCGCUGGAGGAGCUGCUGAAGGAGCACCAGAGGCAGCAGCUGAUGCCACCGAGCUGUGCCCCCCUCAAUAAGCUGCACCUCCUGCCUCAGUUUCCCCCCGCCUGCCACCACCAGCAGCACCUGCACACAGUGCAGGGCCCGGCCCCGUGUGCCCGCUGUGACCACAAGUGGCCCGAGGUGCUGCCACCGCUCAGUGCCACCAAAGCCCCCAAAGCCGGAGCUCAUCCCGGUGAGGUGACCAUCCUCUCCAUCGGCAGGUUCCGGGUGUCCCGGAUCCCGGAGCUGAGGAGUGAGGCCGGGGGGGAGCCCCUCCGUGGUGCCCUCCCCGCUGGCAGCGGGAUGUGACCCAUGAUGGGACGGCACCGAGGGCCCCACCAGGUGACAGCCACAAAGACCCCCUGGAGGGGUGGAGGACACCGGGUGCUGUGUGAAGGCCAGUCCUGCUCAGAGCUGCCAGGUGCUGGAGGUGGCAGCUCAGCUCCUGCUCCUGCCACCGAGGUGUCCAAGGGCAGCACAGCAAAUCCAGCAUCUCGCUCAGCUGGUGACAAGGAUUCUCUGUCCCUGAGGCCUGGUGGUGGCCACAGCGUGGUGGCCUCAUAGAAGGUGACUCCAGGAGCUGCGAUGCCAGGGGUGGUGCCACAGGAAUCAUCAUCUCUGGGAACCAUGAUGCCACCACACAGCUCCACUGGAAGCACAGAGGGCACUGGAUGCCAUUUCGUGGUCACCUUCUGGGUCUGUUGAACUCUCCAGGACCAUCAUGAACUGCUGAUUUCCCUGCAUCACCUGGUGCCAGUGCUCAGCAUGGCAGGAUAAUGAAUCACUGGAUCACCGAGUGACUCCUCCCUUGCCAAGAGCCCAGCUGGGGCAUGGAUUGCUGGUCUCCUGCAUCCAUCCAUCCAUCCUCUCUCCAACUUCCCAGUUCAGGAGCACAUGGUGGUGAUGCUCACCAUGCAGAUGACACAUUUCCCUUUCCACAGGAGUUGCUUCUGUGGGAUCACACUGGCUUGGCCCUGUUGGGAUCACUGGGAUAACCCACCCAAGGUUGGGUUGGAGACCAUCAGCCUCAACCAUCAACCCAGAAAAGGGUUUAUGGCUGGUCCCAUUCACCUCCCCACGACACCACCGUGCCAAAAAACCCACCACCAAACCCUCUCGGGCUCUUUUAUUUAUUUAUUUAAUUUUUUUUGGAAACAUUUUAAUAGUUAUCGAAUGUUCUACAUCUUACAGUAAAUAUCGUACAGUUACAAA